AUGCUGGCGAUUCUCCUGGUUUUACCCCUGAUAUAUGGGUCGUUGGCGGACGUUGGAGUAUGUAACCGAACCACCGAACCUUUGUCGUGGCUUGAGACACAUGGCCAGGGAUUGGAGGAUUGGUCAAGCGCUGGGGUGAAAGCGGUUGGGCCGAAUUAUUGCCUAGUGGGCUCUAAGCAAACCGCCACGCUGGCCGUCGCCUACCAUAUGAACAUCUCGGCUGAUGCCAUACCUGUGAAAAUGGCACGCCCGACUUGGAACCUAGAUGCUAACGGAACCCAAAAUGGCUGUCUCAACCAAGACCCAAGAAUCAAGUAUUGCUUUUCGUUCUGCACCGCCGAUCUGGAGAAUUUGGUAACCAGGGCAGCCCUAAAGUUCCGAGUUGCCUACCAACUAGCUGCGGAUGUUUUCGAGGAAUAUGGGAGCCCAGCCGAUGUGGCGGUCACUACCAUUGAGGUUUCACUGACGGACCCGGCGGCCCAUCUUGAUGUCCAAGUUUUCAUGCUGCCUUGCUGGUGCUCGGUCUACGUGGGAAUUGACCCGGACUUUGGAUCGCCGUAUCUCUAUGAAGUCCAAAUUGCACACUUGCUUUCUUCG